AUCGUACAGACGUGGUGGAGUGAGAAUACGCCGCUCGCUUAUGGGAAAAGUUGUGAGGUAUUUUGUGUGAUAACUCCGGAUUCCUUUGACAAGCUACAGCUCUUGGAUUUAUAAUUUCGAUACUUAAAGGUUGUGUGCGAUCCCCAGUGUUGACGUGACAGCGGCAUCAUGGCGGUCGAGGUUCCAGCAGCGUGCGUAGCCCCGGCAUCAUGGUGGUGCUGUGCGGCCGCCUCGAGGUGGUAGUGGUCGAGGCGUGCGACCUACCCAACCUCGACCAGAACGUGCUGCGGCCGGAGGACAAGAGCGACCCCUACUGCGUGGUGGAGGUGCAAGGAGGCAGCGGCAGCCUGCAUAAAGUCGGAAAAACUUUCACCAUAGACGAUUGCCUCAACCCCAAGUGGUAUUACAAAGUGUCAGCGGACAUCAGCCAGGACGUCGCUGGCCUUAGAUUCACAGUGAAAGAUAAAGACUUGUUAUCUUCCGAAACAAUCGGCAGUUGCUUCCUGCCUGUGCAUACCUUCAUAGACAACAGUGCGCCCCAUGAGGCAGAACUUGCGCUAGUGAACAGUAAAGGUUUCCAAGCCGGGACGCUCAAGGUCACCGCUUCCUUUGUGUACGACAGAAACCAGCCGGGUGUGACCUUAGGUGACCGAGCGUGGAACAAGGCGAGUGAACUGAGAGACCGAGUGUCGAGAAAGCUCCCCAAGUACGGUGACUCUUACGACUCGAUAAGCUCGUUCGGCGAAAUGGCGUUCCUGCACGGCAUCCUCGACCUGAAGCUGGAGCGGGCCAACAACCUGCCCAACCUGGACAGCUCCAUCCUCAGCCUCAGCAAGAAGGACGUCUCGGACCCCUUCGUGGUGGUGUCGCUGGAGGACGUGGACGGCGAGCCCUGGAAGAUCGCCACCACGCAUGUCAUCGACAACAACCUCAACCCCGUGUGGGAGGAGAACUUCCGCGUGGACAUCUGCCACGACGUGGCCUCCAUCACCUUCACCGUCCGGGACAAGGACUUCCUCUCCUCCGAGCAGAUCGGCUCCGUCUCCUUCCCCGUGAACACCCUCACCCAGGAGAACGGCGUGCACGGCACCUUCGAGCUGCUGAGGGAGAACAAGAACAAGCGGGCGGGCACGCUGACCCUCUCCAUGACGUACAAGCCCAAGCAAGCCGUGCAGCCGUCUUACGAAGUGCCUGAGUGCCUGUUCCCCCUCCGCCACGACAACCAGGUGCAGCUGUACCAGGACACCCACUGCCCCGCCCUGCCCAUCCCCCUCACCGACAGCUACGGCAACGCGUACCAGCCGCGCAGCACCUGGAAGGACAUCUACACCACCCUCAUGGAGGCCACGCAGUUCAUCUACCUGGUGGGCUGGAGCAUCAGCGCCAAGAUCGCGCUGCUCAGGGACGAGGGCGAGGACAACCGCACCCUCGGGGAGAUCCUCAAGCAGAAGGCGUACGAGGGCGUGCGCGUCCGCCUCCUCCUGUGGGACGAGCUCACGUCCAACGACCUGAGGAAGACGGGCGCCAUGAGCACGGAGGACGAGGAGACGGCCAACUUCUUCCGCGGCACGCCCGUGGUGGUGGUGCUGGCGCCGCGGGACCGCCACACCAAGGACAUGUUCUCCACCAAGAUGCACUUCACCAUGCUCUGCUACACGCACCACCAGAAGUGCGUCAUCGCCGACUCGCCCAUCCCGGAGAUGCCCGGCCAGAAGAAGGUGGUCGCCUACGUGGGCGGCCUCGACCUCACCGGCGGCCGCUACGACAACCCCACACACCCGCUGUUCCGCACCCUAGUGCGCGAGCACAGGAACGACUUCCGAAACCGCGUGUUCCCGACGCUGACCAGUGCCAACGGGCCGCGAGAGCCGUGGCACGACAUCCAUAGUCGCGUGGAGGGCCCCGCCGCCCAUGACGUCCUCAUGAACUUCCUGGAGCGCUGGAGGAAGCAGGCGGCCGACCAGAUCGACACCAUCGUGCCGCUUCAGCAGAUGGACGGCAUCGUCAUGGACUACCAGUCGUGCGCGCCCGACCGCUGGAGCGUGCAGGUGUUCCGCUCCAUCAACACGGACUCGGCGCAGUUCGACUCGACUGGACCACCCGUGGGCCUCACCAAGAAGAAGGGGCGCGCCUUCGACAACAGCCUCCACCGCGCCUACAUCCACAACAUCCGCCGCGCGCGCCGCAUGAUCUACAUCGAGAACCAGUACUUCAUGGGCAGCAGCCACAUGUGGCCCGAGUGCCGCGACGCCAAGGCGGGCAACCUCGUGCCGCUCGAGAUCGCCACCAAGAUCGAGGAGAAGAUCCGCGACGGCGAGCGCUUCGUCGCCUACAUCUGCAUCCCCAUGUUCCCCGAGGGCAAGCCGGCGGACAAGGUGACCCAGGAAAUCCUGCACUGGCAGCUGCGCACGAUGCAGAUGAUGUACAGCCGCGUCGCCGCCGCCAUCAAGCAGGCGGGGUUGGAGGCUCACCCCCAGGACUACCUGCUCUUCCUCUGCCUCGGCAAGAAGGAGGCCCCCGAGGAGGUGCCUGAGGAGCUGGUUCCCCCUGAAGACCCCUCGACGACCCUGGCCUUCACCAACCGUCGCCUUAUGAUCUACGUCCACUCCAAGAUGGCCAUAUUUGAUGACGAGUACAUCAUCGUGGGCUCAGCCAACAUCAACGACCGCUCGCUGAGUGGCAAUCGCGACACGGAGAUCGCCACUGGCUCCUACCAGCCCAUGUACGUGGGCACGGGCGGCGAGCUACCCCGUGGGGACGUGAGCAUGUUCCGGCGCGCUCUGUGGGCCGAGCACCUGGGCACCGCCGCCCCCGUGGACCAGGACCCCUCGAGCGUCGAAUGCGUCCGAGCCGUUCGCUGGCUGGCUGAGGACGCCCUCCGCGCAUUCAUUGAGCCCGGGGAUGCUCCCACGCCCCGCCACAUGCUGCUGUAUCCUCUGCAGGUCAACCCCGAUGGCACGGUGACCCCGCGACCUGACUGCCCCACUUUCCCGGAUACAAUGGGCAGCGUGAUGGGAGCAAGGUCAAAGGUGUUCCCAAGCACCCUCACCACCUAAACAGGCAAUGGCAGUUCAGAUAUUGGCGAUUGGUUAAGAAGUCUUGGUCAUGCAAUUGUGAGCUUCCCACCAAACUUUGAUUUUUGUUGAUUUUAUUAAGCUCUUUAUCUGAUAGCAUACAAGUAAUUGGUGUUUGUGAUUAUAGCUAUAUCCUGUCAUUUGCCACCAACUAUAAUAUUUAAAAGAUAUAAAUUUGACUUGCUACAUUAUUAUUUUUAGCUAUGUAGCUUCCAUUGCUAAAGGGUGUUUAGAGGUGUGGAUUUUAAUGAUUGCUAAAAUGUAAUGAUUUAAGUCAUCACACCUAAGGAACAGCAAUAGAAAAAGCUUACACAACGGGAAUGCAUUAAUAAAGCCAAGUUUUAUGCAUAGAGCAUUUGGUGGCUUGUAUUUGUUUGGACAGCAAGAGGUAAUUGAUAACACACAGGGUAAGUUGGAGCAAUAAUAUGGCACAGUCUAACAUAUCAAGUACUAUAACAUGCAUACUAAGGUCUGCAAACAGUGCUGUUACUCAGACCCACUUGAAAAUAUUACCAUCAUUAUCUGUUAUCAUGUUCAAGCUGCUGUAUUUCUCACUCUUUCCCUGUGUUUCCUCACCCGCAGAACAUCCUGAUCUUUGGCAUGGCUUGUUCUAGCAUUGGGAGUUGAAUCUUUAUUGAUUUAUGAGAAAAUAAACUUUGCUAGAUUCACUGGCAGGUCAGAUUCUGUAAUUGCACUUGUGAAUGUAUUUCAUUCUCUCAUUCAUGAUUGCACUACUGAGAUGGGAUGAAAACAUCAAAGUGUACAUUCUGGAAUUUGUAUAUUAGGUGUUGUGUCAUCCAUUUAAGUUUUCCUGAUUACGAGAUUCUGUAAACAAUAGAAUCAACAAAAUGGUGGGCGACUGGAUAUGAAAAGUUAUCAGCAGUUCAUCAGCUGCUAAUUCCUUCUAUAAUGACAAGAGAAUGUAAUUUAAGCAAUGAAUAAUUCACAAGUGCAUUAAAAUGGCAAUGAAGUACAUUGCAGUGUCUCAUUGUAAUUUCUCAUAACAAUGAUUAAAUUUCAUAUAUCACAUAUGUAAACCUGAGAUUUAACUCUCUUUACUUUAUUAAUUGUGUUGUACCUUGAAAUGAAACUUUUGAGGAAAGAUUAGAAGAAAGGUUAAGCUUGGACAGGUUGUGAAAUCUCAACUAGAAAUGCUAUUGUAGAGUAUGUCAUCUAAUAUGAUAAUCAAGCAGUUUGUUGUGAUAUCCAUUCCUUCAGGCAUCAGUGAUUGUGAAAAAAACAAUAAUAUUUAUCAGCUUUUGUUAUAGAUGGUUAUGAAUAUUUACAUUCUUUUUGUUACCAGAUUUUAGAUAUGUAUCUCCCUUUUUGGGAUACGUAAAUCAUUGCAUUGAAAUAUUUGGUGCUCACUUGAAGCUCAAGGUAAAUAGUACAACUGUUUAGUUCUGAGGUAGGUCACUCAUGCCUAGGAUUAAAGGGUUGCAGGUUGAACUAUAUAUUGUCAUGCAUCAUAAUGGCAUAGAUUAAUGAUUAGUUCUGUAAAUGCUCUGGAAUAAAAUUAUCUUAAAAUGGUAUACUUAUUCAAGGGUGAGUGAACGUUUUAAGAAAUAUAGCAGAUGGAAAGGGUAAAUAGAAAUAUUUAUAUAUUUUAUUAUAAACUGGUUAUUACUCCAAUUCAAGUAUCUCUACAAUUUCAUAGACUAUAAGUUUUUCUUCUGAUGUAUUAUUGAUAAUAAGGUUGAUCAUCAUGGACUAUUGUGGUCUAGGUUUUGUGUUCAGAACUGUGGAGGAAACAAUCCACUGCUGCACUAAUUGCUUUUUGGUCUGCUAACUUUACUCAUAUUUACUCAUUAGUGUGUCUUACCGUCUCAAGUGUUUGGCAUCACAAGCACCACCAGGAGAACAAUUUUUAAACAACAUCUUAAACUGUAAAUUCAUAAUCAUUAUUAUAAUUAUGCAUCAAGGUAUUUCAUGUACUUAGAUCAAAGAAACUUCCUCUUUUGUCAGGGAUACUUGUACAGUUACUAUUAGGUGCAUAUUGCAUGUUAGACGUCAACUGUUCUCCUGAUGGCUUAUUUGGACUUGACUAGUCUGUUGUGAAAUAACCUGAGCUUAUUGUUGAUGCUUCUUCAAUGAGGAAUAUUAUGUCUCAAGUCUAGAUUAUUAAAAAGCUUUUCUCUCAGUAUAUUGUGUGGUCUUCAGAGCACUGUUUUUAUCAGUCAUUUUAGAGAGAACCUCUUUGUAGAUUUGAGUGAUUUAAAAGAUAAGCAUGUGAACCAUUCUGCACUCAAAUUUCUUGCUAAGCAACUAAGAUGAGUAUUGACUUAAACUGGAAAUCUAAGAAAUCCUAAGUACAUUAUUUAGAAAAGUUGCUUUCAACAAAAAUAUGCAAUGAUGCUACUUCCAUGAGGAUGUGAGAUGGUUAGAUACAGUUUUAAGUACAGUAUGUCAUAACUUGUGGUUUAGAGCCACAAGUGUGAGGAAGGAAUGACUACAUAAAAAGUGGCUAUGUUAGUCUGACCUCAUAAUGAGUGAAAUGUUUAUAAGCUUGUAAUCAGCCUACAUUCAGGUUGUAGACAAUUUUUUUCAAACUACUCUUAUUCCACAAGUACUCACCAUUUUAAAUCUUUACACAGAACUUGAUCACUGCCUUUGAUUAUUUUUUUCUCUUAUCUCCCAUUGCUUAUUCUAAGAAAAAAAAAUCCCUUUCUUCCUUUAUUUGUUUUGUUUAUCUUUGAUUAAAUAAUAAGUUAAAGAGUGUUAGAUUUUUAUACACUUGACAUUUUGUUUUGUUUACAAUAUUUUUAAUGAGUUUUUAAGAUAGUAGGUUUGGUUAGGUUUAAAUAUUGGGAAGUUUGAAGUACUAAUUCUCUUUUUAUCAUACUGUAGACCUUACUAAUUGAAAAAAAAAAAAAAAAAAUUGGUAAAGAGAAAUUGGCUUUAGCAAAUUUAAUUGGUAUUUACAGUUUACUUUUGUGGUUUUAUUUACAUGGGUGUUGUCCUUUAUAUGUCAGGUCGGCUGAGUCUUUAAAAUGGAAAAUAUUACAAAUGCAAGAAUGUAUUACAAACUAUCAGCAGUACUGCAUUCACAGAAAAUACUGAUAUGAUAUUAGAAAUACUUUAUCUAAAGAUACUUUUAAGUAAAUUAUUGAUACACUCUCUGAAUAUAAA